GCUCAAGAGUAAAGUGCCCUUAAUAUCGUUGUGCCGGAGAAUCUGAAAGUUGUGCUGACUUGUGCUGGGCUAGCACAACUCAGAUAUACAGUUUUGUAACAUUUCAAUCAUUGGUUGGCAUUUAAACGUUAAUUUUGUCGAAAAUUGCUCGAAAUAAUUUUUUUAUUAUAACUUCUACAAUUAUCAAUAUCUGAAAGUAACUUGGGCACAAUGCUAGCACAACUUAGCACAACCUAGCACAAUUAAAAAAAUUGGAAAAAUCGCAAAGUGGGGGGCUGACCCAAAAUUCGGUUUUUUUAAAUUUUCUACCCUAUUUUUCGGAUUUCGAGUUUAAUAUUCUAGCACAAUAUGGCACAAACCUAGCACAAUUCAGCACAAUUGUCAAAAUUGGUAAACUCGAAAAGUGGGGGGCUAACUUCUAGGAGGCGAGCGCCCCCGCGCUCCAUCCCCCAGCCCGUAGGGGUCCCACUAGUGGUCCCAAGCAUGGGACCACUUGUGGUGGGACCAGGGUCCCCGUGCCCGCGGGCACCGCCAGAGAUCCCUUAUUUGGGUUCUCUGGCUCUGCACCUUUUAGUCGCCUCUUACGACAGGCAGGUGAUACCCCGAGCCUAUUCGGUACCGGGACCCGGACGCCUGCAGUCAUACAGCCUUUUUUUUUUACCCGGUGGAAAUCCUCAUGGACCGUCACUCGCCCCCCCUGGAGAGAGGGACGGGUGGUGUGUGGGACUCGUCUCCCUGGCACUUGGGCAAUUGACAACCCAAGGCCAGUGUGCAAUGGAGACGCCUACCGCACUAAAACCACCGGGGGUGGACUUCUCUGCGCUAAUAGGGGCUGCCGGGGGACACGAACGCACAUCCCCGCGCCGCGCGUGGCAUCGCGCUCACCUAUGGGCCGAUGACCUGGCCCUGGCCCUGAGAAGGGCCACCUCCUUCGCUUUGCGGCGGGGGUGCCACCCGGCCCUCCGCCGCGCCCCUCGGUUGUGUGUGGGGGCAGGCGGGUCAUGGGAUUCCCAGCCCAUGCCCGCCUAGGAGUCCCCUCGACUCCUCGAACUCUGCACCUUUUAGUCGCCUUUUACGACAGGCAGGUGAUACCUCGGGCCUAUUCUUCUAGCGGGACCCGCACGCCCUGCAAUGAAGACGCCUACCGCACUAAAACCACCGGGGGUGGACUUCUCUGCGCAAUAACUGGACCACCUGGGAACUGCGAAAUGCAGUCAUACAGCCUAACCUAACCCUAACCUAACCUUUUUUUUGACUCAGGAGAAAUGCUCAUGCAUUCCCCUCGGCCCGGGGAGGUCGAGACUAUGUUGGACUCAGCGCCCUUUGUCCGGUGCUACCCACCAAGGGCGCCGCCUUACCAAUUAAAACAUCCUGAGGGUGUACUCCCUCUGGAUUGAACAGGGGGCGACCCGGAACCGCCAAUGUAUCAUUUCAUCAGGACGCCCCCUAACCCUGCUGACCAUCCCAAGGGGGGUGUAUCAAAAACACCCGCCACCCUACCCCAUUAAGUGGAGGGAAGUCUAUACCUAGCUCCCACUCUCGCGACGUCCAGGGCCGAGUGCGAUGACGCAGCAAUUAUUACCCGUAAUCGCCCCGUCACGGCCCCAAGCGUAUAAAAACCACGGACCAGGUGCAAUGCCCGUGGUCCCACCCCUUACAACAUAAAAAUGAAGGAUGAUCCCCCAGACGGUUACAAGAAGAGGACGUUUAUUCAGCGUCCAUCUCCCCGCCGCCCAAGAGAUCAUUAAGCACCGCCUCGACUGUACGCCGAG